AUGUUGGAAGCAGCACCCUCCACGCAUGAGGCCGUUGGCACCGCGGCGGCAUGUGUGCAAAAAAUAUCCAAUUAUCUGAAGCAACUUGAGGAAAUGGGUCUGCAGUACAACUCCACGCAUCCAAUGACGGCAGAGACGGUGGAACAUAUUCUUAUCACGGAUAAAUGGUGCUGUAAGACAUGUGGCAUGACGGAGCUGCGAACAUGUCCCGACACUGGUAAGCCCCACCGACGACGAAUGGUGCGUGUAGCGCAGGAAAUCCUCCGCCUCAUUGGGUCCAGAACAGGACAACUUGUUGUGCGGCCGCCAAAUUUAUCAGCGAGUUUGAAUGGAAGGUCACGGCUUCGUAGUCUGCGCCGCGUCACGAUGAAUCCGCAAGCACUUCUUCUUGCCUACUACUACGCUCUAUUGCCUAGUAACGAGGUGGACGGGCUUGUUUCUGAGUGUGCCCAACAGUUGGUGGAGUUGCUGGAACAGUUAAAGGUAUCUGGAGCGCAGACGAAUGUGGAUGAAGAAUAUGCCACUGCCCUUCUCUCUUCCGCAUCGCUCACGUGGCAGGAAUACAACAAAAAAUUUACAGAAGAUCUCCGUUCUCUCAGGGGUGCCGAUCGCCGCGCCUGCCAAGAAGUCAUCGUGAAUGGAACGAAAGAGGCGUACGUGGCAGCCGCGCGCGAACUUCGAAAAACUCCUUCCAACGAAGAACUUCAAGCAUUUGUUGGUAUGCUACGUGACCGCCUGUCGCGUCUGAUGCCACGGGAGGGUCUGGAAGAGAUGGAGGCGACCAUGAAAGAAGAACAGCAAGAGCAGGAAGAAACUCAAGAAGAGAAGGGGAAAGAAGAAAAGAAGGAGGGAGAGAGGGAAGAGAACGUUAAAUUUCAGUCCUCAAAACCACAGCUCACUGCACCAACACUGCUUUCUGAGGGAAACACGAGCGGUUCUGAGACGGAGGCGCCCCCACCUACUAUUAUGGGGCCAGAGAUACCACCCGAUUGGUAUGUGGACGAACACGGCCGUUCCCGACCAAUACAAGAAGAUUCCAUUCGCAAGCGUCGUGAGAUGUAUCUUCGUCUUGAAUUUCGUGCCGUCAAGGCAUACGAAACCGUUAUCACCGUGCCGGAGCAGAAGAGUGACCCGUUACAAGAGCAGUUGAUUUCGUCCAUGAACGAGGCACAGUUGGCGAUUCUUGCGGAGCAAUGCAAUCAACAUCCUCCUGAUCUUCAAAAUGUUCCUCGGUUUUUAAAACUUAUUAUUGAGGGGCUUUUAAACGCCCUUCCGCGACGACUUCGUUCCCGAGCAGAGCAGGAGAUACGGGAUGUGCUGGAUUGGAGGAUUGUGCGUCGUUCUGUAAUGGGAAGUCCAGGAAAUAUUGCGGCUCUUAUGCGCUACGUGAUGGGGAAGGUUGCGGAAUAUGGUGCCCCAGCCAAGGCGGAGGAGACCCUUAAACUCGCAGAAGAUAUGAGAAAAGACCUUGAAACAUGCACCCCAGACCUCGGUACGGCGGUGGCUAAUGCAUUCCGACUCAUGUUUACUUCUAUACGUCAGCUGCAUGAGGACAUUGCACAAUAUUCACUGUUAUUUAUAUCUCAACAACUGCGCGGCAAUGCCGUUACGUAUAUUCGGGAAUUUAUAACCGAAUGUUUGCCAAAGGUGGAUCAGUGGGAGAGUUCACUAACUUUUAUUCGACGCUACUUGAAUGAUGAGCGUGUGAAGGCCUGGGCGAAUUCGUCCGUUGCUAUUUCAGCGACUGCGGUGACUGAGGCGGAACGGAAACUUCGAGGGGCCCUGCUGUACGGUUUUUUGGACAUAAUGCGAAGCGGCGGCCUUCAGGUGAAUGAUCGGUGGCACGAUUAUCCGACGGAAUGUUUUUACUUUGAAAAGAAGGUUGUGUUUUUUGCCGCCAACACGGUGCAGGAGAACAGCUUACUGCUUCUUUUAUCUGGCAGUAUUGCGACGGUACUUCGUGACAAGGGGGUGGAUUCGAGAGUUGUCAGCGAUAUUUUGAAAGAAUUGCACGACAAGUUUCGGCUUCUCUUUUCGGAGCAACUCACUCUAUCCAGCUUGAAGUGCUCCGUGACGAGUUUGGUCAACGAGGCGUUGACACAAAGACAGACGCUCUCCGCCUUGACGGAAAGCGAGGUCACCCAACUGGAUGGCAUUGUGGAAAAGAUGACAAACACAACUGGAAGCCUUUACGUUGUGUUUGAGAAGCGAGUUCUUUCCUUCAUUGAGGGAAUUCUUGCUCACGGCCAAAGUGACCCAGCACCAUUGGGCCUCGUAACAGACUCGCUCAGUCGCCUAACUGCUCUUCUGCAACAUGUACUUGCCUUCAAUUGGGAGCUAUAUCAACCCUUCUACAGGGAAAUGCUGUCGCUCAUCACGCAAGAAGAUGCUGUUAGUUCAUGA